GGAAGCCCCAUGCUCUGGGAUGGGUAGACGAACUUGGCAGGAGGGUGGUGCAGGCUGAGUUGGAGGCAAGAGUGGGGGUGGUGAGGUGGGAGCGGGAAGCCUGUGUCUGUUCCACCUCUGAGCCAGUUCGGGGACGCCUUGAACAUGGGGGCCCUAGUGAUGGCUGCGGGGGGCAAGGUUGCCUCCUCAGGGGUUCUUGGGGACUGAGAGCGUUCAGUGAGUGCUCAAUAGUGGACUCCGGGCACCAUGGCACCCUGAAAGAAGCCCUGGAGUUAUUCCAUGUGGGUGGUCGCCUGCUCUACCUGCUGGGGAGUUCACCCCUGAGCUUUAGGGAGCUAUUUCCAAACCGAUCCCCACUCUGAGCCUGGGUGGGGCAGGGGACCUCAGAGAUAACAGACACAGUGACAUGGCAGGGCAGUGUGGUAUGUGCUACGGGAUGUGGCUGCCCUAGACUGGUAGGGAGGGAAGAAUCGGGGGAGCUCUAAAUUGGCUUGGGGGUCGGGGAGGGCUUCUCAGAGGAGGUGGCAGAGGAGUUGAGCCUAGAGGAUGAGGAUGCUGCCAGAUGGAAGGCAGGGAAGGUACUCCAGGUAAUGGGAAUGGCAGGAGGAAAUGUUGGGAGAGAAGAAAGUUCUAAGCGGGUUUGGGACAGAGUCGAGGACCCAGGUAAAUGGAGGUGGAAGCUCUGGGAGAGGGACAAAGGACAGAUCUCACAGGGCUGAGGAGUCCAAAUGUUAUCCUGAGAACACUGGGGAGGUGGCAGGAGAGGAGGUGGGCCCCGUCUGGGGUCUGAUGCUAGAAAAGAUGCCCUUCUCUGCUUCACAGGCUGGGCGCAGACCACCAGCCUUCCGGAGCCCGGGGGCCCAGGCACCGAGGAGAGCCCGGAAAAGAACAGAAGGCGGAGCCAGCUCCAAUGUCUUCUCCAUGUUUGAUCAGUCCCAGAUCCAGGAGUUUAAAGAGGCCUUCACCAUCAUGGACCAGAACCGGGAUGGCUUCAUUGACAAGGAGGACCUGAGGGACACCUUUGCUGCCCUGGGCAUCUCCCUCUCCUCCCCAGGCCGCAUCAACGUGAAGAAUGAGGAGCUGGAGGCCAUGGUGAAGGAGGCCCCUGGGCCCAUCAACUUCACGGUCUUCCUGACCAUGUUUGGGGAGAAGCUGAAGGGGACGCCAGGACUGGGGCUUCAGCUGAACAUGUCAUGCAAACGGGCUGAGCCUGCAUGCUCAGCCGGCAGUGGAGACAGGAGCCGGGCUGAGGCAGGCACUGUCUCGGCCCUCUAAUUAGGACAAGGACACGUUGUCAUGAGAUUCCCAACAGCGAGGGGAAGGUGUAGCCACUCUGCAUCCUUUUGAUGAGGUUCAAAGUCUGCAGAAGAGAGUGCGAGGCCAGCACUGUGCCAGGCUUGGUCACCCUGGGCCAGCCUCAGAGAUGCCUAGUGACCCGGACACACCCUGUCCUGAGCUCCCAGCCUGAUGAGGGAGACACAGCUGACCUGACCCAGUCCGAUGGGCAGCGGCACAGAGGGGUGGAACGAACAGGGGGCUCUGGAGGUCCAAAGAGUUGGCUUCAAAUCCUUCCUCCCCUUAUGAGUGGGGAUCUCAGGAAAGUAACAGAGACUCUCCGAGCCUCAGCUUCCUUUUGACAAACUGAGGACAUCAGUACCUACCAUGUGGGGUGUUCUGGGAUCCAGGGGAGCAAACAGUGAAGCUGCAGGGCGGAGCUUGGCGCAGAGCGCUCAGAUGUGUUUGCGGACUUGAGGGAAUAAUGUUAGUCCAGAUCUUUACCGUACGUUGCCAUAACGGACCCUGGGAGGUGGGCAGCAAACACCACCUUUUCUCCAUUUCACCAAUGACACAGCCAAGCCUUAAAGAAGGAAGGGGACAUCUCCAGUCCACAGUGAGCAGGAGGGCAGUGUGACAGAGGGGAAGGAGCACGACAUAUGGUCACCAGGUCCCCUGCUGCCGUUCACACAGCCUGUGAGGCCUUGGGUGAGACCCUCCUUUCCUGGGCCUCAGUUUCCCCAUCUGUACAACCAGGGGGCUGGAUAUUCAAUCUCCUCGUGGGAAUAGAGCUAAUUCUUCAAAUAGAGCUAAAGCCCAUGCUAUGCAAGUGAUAAAACCAGGAAUGCUCCUCCCUACUGCCCCGCCCCACAGCCUGUCGGCCCACCAGCCCCCUCUCCGUCCGGGACAAGCUUACAGGCGCCUCCAACGCCGCUGCCCGAGUCCCGCCUUGGCCCC